AAAAUGGUUUACGAACGAAAGCAACUUGUUUGUAACUAUCACGGGAAAUGUGUCACUUGUUCUUAUCAUUAUUGCGUCUUUGUGUGGCGACAAAGAGCCAGUCGCAGUUUACUUAAAAAAUGUCGUUUACUUUCAUUUACUGAGACAUCAAACGAAACGAAAAAUCCGGAGAAAUUGUGUACCGCAUUUUUAUGGGUACACGAACUAUUAUAACCGGUAAAAAUGUAACACGUGCUCUAUGAAAUUUUAUUGUUAUUUGAGAAAUUCUCAUGACACUCCCGUUGGCACCAAAUAAGCCACAAGAACUGAGAACAGUACUGGUAUUAGUGUCAGAAACUAAUCGACAAAUGAUUACAAUUAUGACAAUCAGCGAAAGCAACAUUUUCCGUCAUUUAUCUCCGAUGUUUUUCCUUGGCAAAAAGGUCAAGAGUUACGUCCGCAAAUUCCCAUGUGAAUAACAAGAUGGUACGCAACAUCUGUUUAGUUGGAGGCGCCUCUCGACACUUGCGUUACGGCGAUGCGGCGAAAAAGAAGAAACAGACCACAUCAUUGGAAUCCGCCUCAAACGCAAUCUCCAAGUACCUGAACAACGUAACCGAAUUCCUCGGCGACAUCAUGGACAUGUUCAGUGACUUCGUCGGCACGAGUUCAAAGAACAACAAGAAAAAGAAGAAGACUGGUUGGGGUUUGACCAACAUGUGGAGGUUUGCCAAUAAAAACAUCAAGAACGGCUUUAAAAUCAUCGAUGAUACCAUUUCCAUCAUGAAAAUGGCAAGGUCGACCAUCGACGAUGUUUCACCGAUACUUCCGGACGUUACUCUGGCGAAAUUCAUCGAAACUUUGCUGUAUCACGUAGUGCCCGAGUUGAUGAAAAAAAAUCCGCAAAUUUGGAGCAACUCGACAAACACAACGGAAAUUAGUGGUAAUGUAACGGAGGCGUGAGUGAGGACAAUGCGAUAACCGGCGUGGUUGAUCUCUUUAAAGACUAUUUAUUUAUUUUAUUUAUUCGUUACCGGUUAAGUUCACGUGCUAUAAUUGUUGAUUUAUUUAUGUGUUAAUAAAGUGGAUGUAGAUGUUU